UUAUUAUUAUUAUUAUUAUUAUUAUCUGUAGGUAUCAGUGGAGUGGAUAAUUCUCGUGUGUUCUUCAGUUCUGGUGAAGAUGUCCAUCUGUCCUGUAAUAAAGCUCUUUCUGACUGCACAACAACUACAUGGCUCUAUAGCAGACCGUCAGAGACAGUUGAACUGAUUACUUUAGGAAUAAAGUGGACUGACACAGAGAGACACGAGAGACUGAGUCUGGGCUCUGAUUGCUCUCUGAACAUCAAGAAAGUCACAAAAGAAGAUCGUGGACAUUACUCCUGCAGACAAUAUGUGAAUGGACAACAACAAGGAGCUGAUGCACGUGUUGAUCUGCAUGUUCUUCAUGUGUCUUCAUCAUCCUCACAGUCUGAGACCAGAUCAGGCCGCUCUCUGACUCUCUCCUGUCAGUUAUAUUAUGAUGAUCGAGUCUCUUGUGAUACUUUAGUCCGUUCUGAGGGUGUUGAUCUGAUCUGGGUGAAUCAGGCCGGUGUGAAUCUGCAGACAGACUCCAGAUUUCAGAUCUCAUUCUCCUCAGAACAGUGUCUCAUCUCUCUGACUACAACACUCCUGAAUGAAGAUCACAACAGAGAGUGGAGAUGUCAGCUUAAACACAGAGAUCAUCUGAAGACCUCAGCCACAUAUACUGUCAAGUAUCCAACUCCAAGUGAAACAAAGCCACCGUCUCCAGUCACCAGCUCUAAAUCAGCUGCAGCUCCUACACAAGCAGCUUCAGCUGAUUCAACACUGAUUCCAGUCAGCAGCUCAAACUCUGAGAAGAAAUCAAGUCAAACUACAGCAGCUUCUCCAGAACAAGAUCAUCUGUGCGAGAAGAACUGGUGA